GGCCACGUGCGCCGCUGACGUCAUCGCGCGGGGCUGAGGCGGCGCGAGACGACACGACACGAUGCGCCCCGCCCAUCGGCGCGCCGCGCGCCCUCCUGAGGCUCUCCGGGCCGCCCACAGCCGGCGCUGCUCCACUCGCUCCGCGCACGCGUCGGAAGCGUCGCUAUGACGACUCGGCGAUGCCCGCAGCGGUGACUGGAAGCGCUGCGCUCCCCAGCAGCUAAGAACACGAUGCCUGUUGUAAAAUACCCCAGGGCUGCAGAGCCUCUCUGGCAUGAAUGGGACAGGAAAGCACAGAAAGAUGGAUUAAGACAUACAGUCUAUGCUGUAAAUGGGGAUCAGUAUACUGGAGAAUGGUUGGACAACUUGAAACAUGGUAAAGGCACCCAGAUCUGGAAGCACAACGGCGCUAUUUACAGCGGUGACUGGAAGUUUGGGAGGCGGGAUGGGUACGGCUCGUACAGCAUCCCUGACCCCGUAACCAAGGAGUACCUGAAGGUGUAUACAGGCUGGUGGAGAAACGACAAAAAAUGCGGCUACGGGACGAUGUUCUACCCCAGCGGAGAGCGCUACGAGGGCGAGUGGAGCAGCGGGCAGAGAAGCGGCUGGGGUCGGAUGUGCUACGGAGACGGCUCCACCUACGAGGGGCAGUGGCUGGCAGACCGGCCGGGCGGGCAGGGGAUGCUGUGCCUGCCAAACAAUAAUAGAUAUGAAGGAGGUUGGAAAGAUGGAAAGAAGCACGGCCCAGGCAGAUUCUUCUUCUUGGAUAAGGGACAAUUGCUUGAAGGCAUCUGGGUGACAGAUGUACCAAAAUGCGGGAUUAUGAUUGACUUCAGCAGAGAUGCGGCUCCUGCCCCUACCCAGUAUCCGAUCCCAAAGAUUGAACUAGCUGAUCCUGAUGGUGUUUUAGCAGAGGCCCAAGUGAUGUUUGAUGACAGCCAAAACGAAUAACUGGAUGCUGAAGGAGAAAAGAUGCAGGAUAAGAACACGAUCUCAGGUUGCUUACUCA